CCUUCCUCCUUUAGCAGAUAGCAGUGAAAUCCUUCACUCCUCAGUGUGCUCUGUGCUGGGAAGGACCGCAGUGUGACAGGAUGGAGGACAUCUGCUGUGAACUGUCUGCGCUGGCUGCUUCAUUGGCUGUUAGUUAUGUGGAAGUUCUGCGCGUCUUUUGACAAGAACUCCACAGUCGAGGGGGAUGAUAGACAGACCUCCGUGUAGUUUCAUGCACAUUUGAAACUUGUGAAGGUUUUUAACAUGCAGAGUGUGCUGUAAAACCGAAACACCAGCCGAUCAGGAGGUGUAUCAGGUUCCACGUGGAUUAAUCGACAGUUUCCUCCCCUCUGAUGUUUUUUUUUUCUCCGCAAACCGCGGAGUUGUAGGUGGACUGUGUGGUUCGAGAAAAGGACCGAAAACGAUGCGAACCCGAUUUCCAAGUGCUGCUGUUCCCCCUGAAUAUGUGCGACACGUUACCGCCCGCAUACACCGCCCCACCGACCGACACUAACCGCACCUGGAGCUCUGAAUCGGGCUGAAACAUGUUUAUCCUGUGGGUCCCGCUUAGUUUAUUCCUCAGCUUCAUCAUUUCCCAGACAUGGAGCGUUCAGAUGUCGUGGGAAAACUGGAAUGCCGAGUUGCGCAACCGAGGGAACGAGUUUAAUAAGCCCAACUCUCCGCCUCACAUCGUUUUUAUCCUCGUGGAUGAUCAGGGCUUCCGGGACGUUGGGUAUCACGGCUCCGAGAUCAAAACCCCGACUCUGGACCGGCUGGCAGCGCAGGGAGUCAAAUUGGAAAAUUAUUAUGUGCAGCCGCUUUGCAGCCCAUCCAGGAGCCAACUCAUGACCGGCAGGUAUCAGAUCCACACAGGCCUUCAACACUCCAUCAUCCGAGCCACCCAGCCCAACUGCCUGCCGCUGGAAAAUGUCACUCUGCCCCAAAAGCUCAAACAAGCAGGCUACUCCACCCAUAUGGUGGGCAAGUGGCACCUUGGCUUCUACAAGCGCGGCUGCCUGCCCACCCAGCGUGGCUUUGACACUUUUUUUGGCUCCCUGCUAGGAAGUGGGGACUACUACAGUCACUAUAAAUGUGAAGGGCCCGGUAUGUGUGGUUAUGAUUUGUAUGAAGGGGAAGAGGCAGCUUGGGAACAGGACCGUGGCUUGUACUCGACUGUGAUGUUUACUCGAAAGGCUAUCAGCAUCUUAGCCAAUCACAGCCCUCACAGACAACCCUUGUUUCUCUACUUAGCCUAUCAGGCCGUUCAUUCCCCACUGCAAGUUCCUGCCCGAUACCUUGAACGCUACAAGGGCAUUCCAAACUUGCAUCGUCGUAAAUAUGCUGCCAUGGUGUCCUGCCUAGAUGAAGCUAUCCACAACCUCACGUUAGCGCUAAAACGCUACGGUUAUUAUGACAACACAGUUAUAGUGUACUCCUCAGAUAACGGAGGCCAACCGCUAGCAGGUGGAAGCAACUGGCCCUUGAGGGGGAGUAAAGCCACCUACUGGGAAGGGGGGAUUCGGGCGGUCGGCUUUGUUCACAGUCCCCUGUUGGUUAAUAAAGGGACAAAAUGUCGAAGUUUGGUCCACAUCACUGACUGGUUCCCUACAUUGGUGACCCUGGGUGAAGGGACUUUAGACGAAGAUCUGAAUCUGGAUGGUUAUGAUGUCUGGGAGGCUAUCAGUGAAGGCCGCCCAUCUCCUCGUCAGGACAUUCUUCACAACAUUGACCCAAUCUACAUCAAAGCCAAGAAUGGCUCAUGGAAGGCCGGGUAUGGCUUAUGGAACACUGCCAUCCGGGCUGCACUCCGGGUGGGCCACUGGAAGCUCCUGACGGGUGUCCCCGGGUACAGCGACUGGGUGCCCCCGCAAACCUUUUCCAACCAGCGGUUAACCAAUCGCUGGCAUAAUGAGCGUGUCCGUUGGGACCGUGGUAAAUCCAUCUGGCUAUUCAACAUCACAGCCGACCCUUAUGAGAGAGUGGACUUGUCCCAGCGCUACCCUCACAUAGUGAAGAAGAUGCUAAUACGGCUAGCGCAGCACAACAGGACUGCAGUGCCAGUACGCUACCCGGCUAAAGAUCUGCGCUCUAACCCUCAGUACAAUGGGGGCGUGUGGGGACCUUGGUACAAAGAAGAUAGGGAGGAGCAAGAGGAGGAUGAGAGUUACAAUAACUUGUUCACCAACCAUCUUGGAAAAAGAAGGUGGAAAAAGAAAUCAAAGAACAGAAAGUUGAAAAGGAAAGUGGAAGAGUAGCCUCGCCCAUUUGUGAAAGACAGUUGCCUUUUCUCAGGGAUUGACACUUCCUGUUUCAGGAUUGUCCGCUUCAAACUUUCUAACUCCACAACUUGACUCCGCAAUAUACUGUAUGAAACACAAUGCAGAUGGACUUUUUGAAAUGCCUCAAGACAAUAAGAAAAUGAUCCUCUCUUUCAAACACUACUGUCAUGCCCAGACACAACCAAGACCUCAUGUUAAUGUUAGGGGCAUUUAAAGAAUGUUACCGUUUCUAGAUUGUGUUGCAUGCUUCAACUGAUGUCACCUUUUGAGUGUUCUGUAGAUUGAUGUUUCACUUUCAAAGUACAAAAUAAAUUUCCCUCGACAGUUGCCAUAAAUUUUGGUGACAGAGAAAUAAAGAAAACAUAGUUGUAUUGUGUUGUUGAUUGCAAUGAUACAGAAUCAUGGAAAUGGAUGUAGGAUUUAUGUUAUGUAUAAGUUGACGUAAGCUGGUUUUAUAAGCACAGUCUGUCUGAAAGAAUAGAUUUUGCUCCCUCUUUAGAUGAUGUCUGGUCUGGCACCAGGCCAACCCGAAUGUAAGACAAGCUCACAAAAUAAAAGCUCCAGACACAAA